UUGGGUUGUAGAUCGGUCUGGGCACCUGCGGGGGUUUUAUGGACACCCCCGAUAGAUAGAGAUCAUAGAUUAUUUGGCCUGUGAUACUCCCUGAGUUUAUUUUUAUUCAGCUGUGUUAAUUUUAUCGCUGUGACACUGAAGCUCUUCCUCAAAACGAGAAAUUUAUCGAAUGUUUAACAUGCGAUCGUGAUCCAUUAAUACGAGAAAGCCAACCAUGAGGAAACGUGACUUAGCUAUUCUUAUGCUUUCAGCUUUUGCAAUCUUCUUCUCUCUUCAGCAUGAAGGCGAUUUCUCGUUUAGAGAAGCAUGGUUUCAUUUAUCCGAUGAUUUUCCGAUUAAAUAUGAAGCUGAUCGUCUCCCGCCGCCUAUAGUCGCCGAUCUAAACGGCGAUGGAAAGAAGGAGGUGCUUGUUGCCACUCAUGAUGCCAAAAUUCAGGUAUUGGAGCCUCAUUCUAGGCGGGUGGACGAGGGGUUCAGUGAAGCGAGAGUGCUUACGGAGUUGUCAUUGUUGCCCGACAAAAUUCGUGUUGCAUCUGGUAGACGGGCAGUGGCCAUGGCUGCUGGCGUUAUUGAUAGAAUUUAUAAGCCAGGCCAACCUCAAAAGCAGGUGUUGGUUGUGGUUACUUCAGGUUGGACAGUGAUGUGCUUUGAUCACAACCUCAAAAAGCUGUGGGAAACAAAUUUGCAGGAGGAUUUUCCACAUAAUGCUCACCACAGGGAAAUAUCAAUCUCAAUAAGUAACUAUACCUUGAAGCAUGGUGAUACAGGAUUGGUUAUUGUUGGUGGGAGAAUGGAAGUGCAACCACAUAUUUACUUGGAUCCAUUUGAAGAAAUUGGAACAGCUGAGAGAAAUGCUGAGCAGCAUAGAAGAAGUGCUAAUGAGAAGGAGGCUUCAGAGAACUCUGGAACUGUGAAUUUACGCCAUUUUGCCUUUUAUGCAUUUGCUGGUCGAACUGGCGUCCUUCGAUGGAGCAGAAAGAAUGAGAACAUUGAAGCACAAUCUUCAGAUGCAUCCGAACUAAUUCCACAACAUAACUACAAGCUUGAUGUGCAUGCACUAAAUAGCCGUCAACCUGGAGAGUUUGAAUGCAGGGAAUUUAGGGAAUCAAUCCUUGGAGUUAUGCCACAUCAUUGGGAGAGGAGAGAAGAUACUAAAUUGAAGUUGGCGCACUUCAGGCGUCACAAAAGAAAAACUUUGAAAAAAGUUCCAGGAAAGACUACAAACUAUCCUUUUCACAAGCCUGAGGAGCAUCAUCCUCCUGGGAAGGACUCGACCAAAAAAAUUUCUAACAUCAUUGGAAAAGCUGCAAAUUAUGCUGGCUCAGCAAAAUCUAAGAAGUCAUUACCUUAUAUUCCAACCAUAACAAACUACACUCAGCUUUGGUGGGUUCCUAAUGUUGUCGUGGCUCAUCAAAAAGAAGGGAUAGAAGCUGUUCAUUUGGCAUCUGGGCGCACACUUUGUAAGCUUCAUCUGCAAGAAGGUGGCCUUCAUGCUGAUAUUAAUGGGGAUGGUGUCCUAGAUCAUGUCCAGGCUGUUGGGGGAAAUGGAGCUGAGCAGACUGUCGUUAGUGGAUCAAUGGAAGUGCUGCGACCCUGUUGGGCAGUUGCGACCUCUGGUGUACCAGUUCGAGAACAACUCUUUAAUGCUUCAAUAUGUCAUCAUUCCCCAUUUAACUUAUUCCAACAUGGAGAGUUCUCUAGGAAUUUUGGUCGAGCAUCUGACGUCUCUUCAUUGGAGGUAGCAACACCUAUUCUCAUCCCAAGAAGUGAUGGCCAUAGGCAUCGCAAGGGAAGUCAUGGCGAUGUCAUCUUCUUGACAAAUCGCGGGGAGGUAACAUCAUACUCUCCUGGCUUGCAUGGCCAUGAUGCAAUCUGGCAAUGGCAACUGUUGACAGAUGCGACUUGGACAAAUCUUCCAUCUCCAUCAGGGAUGAUGGAAGGUGGCACAGUUGUCCCGACACUGAAAGCAUUCACUUUACGACUUCAUGACAAUCAACAAAUGAUUCUUGCAGCAGGAGAUCAGGAGGCAGUAGUUAUAUCUCCAAGAGGAAGCAUACAAACAACAAUUGAUCUUCCAGCACCACCCACCCAUGCCCUAAUCUGCGAAGACUUCUCAAAUGAUGGACUUACUGACAUUAUCGUUGUGACAUCGAACGGAGUGUAUGGUUUUGUACAGACACGAACACCAGGUGCCCUCUUCUUCAGUACACUAGUUGGUUGCCUUUUGAUUGUGAUGGGAGUCAUCUUUGUCACCCAACACUUGAACUCAAUGAAGGGCAAACCACGGGCUUCAUCUGGUUCUCGGUGAAGACAGCAAUUUAUACUUCAAAUCUUUGUUCAAAACUAAUGAUGGCAGCCCCUGAACAAAAACGAGGCAUCAAAAUGGUUUUAUGGGAAACCGAUAUAAAGUAUGAACUGCAGAGCACGCAUCAGAGAGAAGAAUUUUGAUCUGAUGGUCUUGCCUGGUUUAAUCUUACUGUGAAAUUUAUAGAAUUAACAUUAUGGAGGACUGCAGUUAGCUCAGUGUGGUUUUUAGAAAAUCUUGAAUUAACUUGUAGUGCAAGAGUUUUGUUUUUUCCUUUUUGUAGCUUCAUUGUUAAAAAAUUACGGAAAAUUUACCAUCUAAGAAGUCAGAAGUUAUGCCUUGUUAUAUUAACUGUGUUGGGAGAGUCUUUUUUACUGUAGAGAGUUUGGUAAAAUGUUGGCUCUAAGGGAUAUUGCUGCAUGGUCCAGGCUGUAUAUUAUUUAGGAGACUUCUCUAAGAACACAUUUGUCAAAAAUUCUGCAUCUCAGACGCUCUUUUGAGGCA